CAGUGGAGCGUGUUCAUUUGUUUUGAAUAGCAAUACAGCAAACAACGUUAUCAUCCAGCAUCAUUAAAGAAGAAAAAAGUUAUCUUUUUCUUUUGUUGAAGUUAUAUAAAGAUAAAGAACAUUUAAAAGCAAUUGUGUGCUUUCAUUAACGUUGUAUACAAACAUUACUUUACUGUCAUUAUUGUAAAUAAAGUACAUAAUUCUACGGUUACCUUGCAAGAUAAAGACCUAAUAACAGUGCAAAUGGUUUGGUCUUCACCAGAUAUGGAAUUACCUCGUGGAUUGGGUGCAUCACCUGAAAUGACAGGCAGUAGCUAUCACACGCUUAUGAGCCAAAAGUCAACGCCUUCUAUUUUAUCGCAAUAUGAAACAGCGUUUUCGGCUGGCUAUCGUAUACCUGGAUCCAACAGUAGUCCAGCUUUGAGUAGUCCAUCAUAUAUGCGACCUGAAAUAAGAUAUGGACAGAGUCCUGUAGGAGGCGCACCAAUUGCGGAUCAUUCAUCAUUUAACAUAUCUUCGCCUGAACCUUCAACAAAUUCACCGACAGACACAACAUACAGCACUCCUGGUUCAACUUUUGAAGCAACGGUACCAUCUUACUUAGGAAACCCAUCACUACCACCUUCUACAACAUUGUCAAGUUUUUACAAUCCUGCAAAUAUGGCUUCCCAUAUGACAGAUUACACUCAAUGGGGAUACGGUAGUACGACGCCUGGCGCUAAUUAUCUAUAUGGCUAUGGAAGUCCUUCUUUAAGUUCUUACAAUUAUCAAGGAAUUGGCAACGCUGGCAUAACUGGUGUUCCAUGGCUUUGUCGAGAAAUUGAUACAAAACGAAAACGAAUGACGUACUCACGUAAGCAACUUCUCGAGUUGGAAAAAGAAUUUCACUAUAAUCAUUUCUUAAAAAAGGAAAGAAGAUCUGAUCUGGCGAAGCAAUUGAACCUAACAGAGAGACAAAUUAAAAUUUGGUUUCAAAAUCGUCGAAUGAAAUACAAAAAGGAAAGUAAAAGACAAGGCUCGCAAAAUACUCAACAAAACACACAAAAAGACAAUGUAACACAAGAAAUUAUAAAAGAAGAAGAAAAAUCAGAAGAUAGCUCAAAAGUUAAACAGAUAAACUUGAAUAUGACUUUGCCGAACAUGUCACACAUAUAGAUAUUUACAAAUAUAUAAAUAUAAAUAAGUCAGAUUCUUUUUUUUCUCUAUGAGAAAUAUUUUAGCUUGAAAAAACAACUGAUUAUGAAAACUAUAUACUUUAGGAAUUUAUGUUUUUUCGAUCUUUCGUAUUUGUAUAUAAAUCUUUAAAAAUUUUCCUUGAUGUUAUCAGUAUUUAUU